CAAUUAAGGCCAUACCUAGGCGGCCCUCCCUCCAAUACUUUUGAAGCCUACUAGCCUACUAGGGUGUGGGUGAAGUCUGAAAUGUGAGUUUCUCUUCAAUUUCCUCCCCCCUAAUCUAUACUCUCUAGAUAAGCUAAAACUUUCUCAAAAACCAAUAAGAGAAGCAAAACAAAUAUGAAAGGCUCAGGAGGAAUCAUAUGUGAGAUGAACCAUAAAACAAUAUCAAAACUACCCCAGAGAGAAACACAAACACAACACUACUAAACAAAAGUGCCAAACAUAAUCAUUUCAGAAUUUAUAUAUAAUCUCUCAUCUUCAGACCAAUAAAAUUUCUUAUUUCUCAAAUGGUCUGAACAUUUUUCAGCUCUAAAACUUAUCUACAAUCUUAGAUCUUAAAAAAGGUGAACUAUAAAAACUACAAACUUACAUGGAUAGAGAAGAGAAGAAUCAGAUUAAAUCAGCAGAACCCGAAUUUGUAUUACAGUGGGGAAAAAGACUCCGAUGUGUUCGUGUAAAAAACCCAAAUUUCUCUCCAAAAUCAAAUGGAGGAAUUCGCCAGAAAAUCACAUCUCGCAUCGUUACUGACCACGCAACUGACCCUUCUUUCUCCCCCAUCAAUCGCAUCAACAGGAGUUCAGAAGCGUCGGGAAAUGUGAAGUCGCCGGAAAAAGAAGAGAGAUAUUACACGACGAGAGGGUCAUCGGCAGGGGAGGAGAGAGAAAGUGGGAAGUCAAGUAUGACAGAAGGAAUAGGAAUAGGAAUAGGAUAUAAUAUUGGGGCACAAGAAAAAGGGAAUUUGGUAUGGCCAAAAUUGUAUGUAAGUUUGUCAAGUAAAGAAAAGGAAGAAGAUUUUCUCGCCAUGAAAGGGUGUAAGCUACCUCAAAGACCUAAAAAGAGGGCUAAAUUGAUCCAACGAAGUUUACUUUUGGUGAGUCCAGGAGCAUGGUUGUCUGAUAUGUGCCAGGAAAGAUAUGAAGUCAGAGAAAAAAAAACUCCCAAGAAGAGACCAAGAGGAUUGAAAGCUAUGGGAACAGGGCCAGCAGACAGCGACUCAGAGUGACUCGAGCUCGAUCUCUCUCGUGGGCAGUUUUUGUCUUUUGCCAAUUCUUCAUUUAGGAUUUCCUAGAUCUUAUUUUGCUUCUACCAAAAAUGUAAUUUUUGUGAGGUGAAUCAAUGAUCAUUCUUCCCUUAAGCUGCAUGCAUAUUGUAUAUAUCAAAGAGUUAUUUGUCUCAA